AAUGUAAUAACGAGAUUAAGUUGAAGUAAGAAAAAACAAUAAAUAUAAAUUAGGACAAGAAGCCUUUAAUGGAUGGACUAUUGGACAUGUUUGUUAGAAAAUCUGCUAUAACAAAUACAAUGUAGUAGGUAAUAUCAAUCACAGAACCAAUAAUCAACAGAGGACCUAGUAUUGAGGAAUAGCAAACUUAGAUAUAGGAGAAUUAAUUCAAAUAUAUAUUGGUAUUAAUGAUUCAUUUUGGUGUUGCAUUAUUGAUGAUUGGAUUAUUAACACAUUUCAAUUUUAAAGAAUAGAUAUAGCAAAUACCAUUUAUUAUUUGGGUUGUGCUUUUGAUGCUUUAUAUAUUAUCAAUAGCAUUAGCAUAAUUUAGUGAAACAUCAACUCAAAAGUAACCUAAAAACGUAUUUUUAUUUGUAAAAUUUAAUAAAUUAAAAAAAAUAGGGAGUUAAUACUAUAGUGAGAUUAUUUUGGUUUGUAUAUGCAGUAGUCUUAUAUCCAUAAUUGAAUUUGGAAGUUGUUAUUGGUUUAAUACUUAUCAACUUAAUUAUAAUUUUACUUUGUUUCCAUUUAGAUAAAUCAGAAGGUAUUAAAAAUUGCUUCCUUGUAUCUGAUUAACCAUGGAGGUACUUAAUUAGUAUUUAAAUUAUUAAUUAGAAUAUCAUUUGUACUUUUGUUUGAAAUCUUAUUUGUGGGUUUAUAUUUGAAUAUAUAGGAUGCUCCAUCAGCAAUUAUUUGGUAUAAUAAAAAUAUUACAUAUAUUAGGAUUUUAGUAUUGUUUGUUUUAUAUUCAUUUAUAUUGAUGAAUAUAUAAUUGGUGGAAUUUAGAAGACAUUUAGCUAAGAAUGGAAACAUAUAUUUAUUAUCUUAAAUGUACUUUGAUGGUGACAUAGUGUUUCCAUGUUAUUUCUUAUAACAUCAUUUAUUAUGCACUAGUGAAAGAAGUAUUUUAAGAUGAU